UCGGCUCACAGAGAAUGAGAGGAUAAACGCACAGACAGGAAGGACUGACCCGAGAGAGUUAGAGUGAGAGACAGAGCUAGAGAGAGAGAGAGAGAGAGAGGGAGCAAGAGAGCAAGGGGGAGAGGAACAGAGAGAGUGAGAGAGACUAUCCAGCAUUCAGUCUUUAUGCUUUCAGCGAGAGGAGAGAGAAAAACUACAGAGCCAUACUACUGCAGUCUCCCUGACUGCUGGGAUAUUGGAACGCCUUCACUUUUAUUUGUUAACUUUUUUCACAAGCUUUCCUUAUUUUUUAAGAUUACAAUUAUUUGUUAAUUCUGAAACGGAGGACCUGGCUGUUACUUUUUCUUGUGUUCUCUGGGAUAUUUCUCACGACACUCUGCCCUCUGGUCUCCACACUGUGGACCAGAGACCUCUCUGCCCCUGCUGUGCCCCUGACAAGGCAUUGUCGAACGGCUGCUUGUCGUUUGGGCAAUUGGUUGAUUGUCGUCAGGGCUGGGUUGUUGCUUCUUCAUCUUUGCGGGGAAUGACCCUAGGAGGCGUGGGAUUGGUUGCACUCCAGGGACGCUCCUGAAAAGACUGCGGAGGGGACUCAAGGCGCUGUGGCCCCACGGAACUGAGAGAGCCGCCCCUCCCCCUCAUCAACCCCAAGACGCCCUAUUUCACUGCAGCAUGGAUCUCCCCCCAUUUAGAGGUCUCUCUGAUGUGCCGUGAGAGGUGUGACUCCCCCAUCCCUGCCCCAGUCCCGACCCCAUCCCCCUCCCUCGUGCCCCUCCUUCAAGGAUGGACCCUCCCCCGGGUCGUGGCCCUGCCCCAGUCAGGAGGGACCUGGAUGGGCUGGACCUCCAGCAGGUGCCUGUCCUCUCCCUGGACCAGAUUCGCUCCAUCCGGGCCAGCAAUGACUAUGUGGAACGCCCCGUGGCCCUGGACCACACCUCACAUUCUGGCUUCUUUCACGCCCAUGACGACCGCUACCCCAUCACCCAUGGGUACCCCCCUCAAGGUUACCUUCAUGGUUACUCUCAGGGGUACCCGUCCCACGCCCCUCUCCCCCGGAGCCAGAGCCAGCAGCAACAUGCCCACCUGACCCAUCUGAGUCGCUCCAGUACAGCCAGCUCAGCCAUGUCCCGGACCAGCGCUGCCUCCGACCAGAGACUCCUGGCGGGUCUGACGCCCUCCCACUCUAGCCUGGCCUCAGUGGUGCGCUCCCAGCCUAAAGGAGAACUCAAGCCUGAGGCUUCCCUAGGUAAAGGCCUGGAGGAGGGAGAGGACCUGGGCUUGCACCUGUUUAUCUGUGAGCGCUGUGGGAGGUGUAAGUGUCAGGAGUGCUGCGCUCCGCGGAGCCUGCCGUCCUACUGGGUCUGUAGGCAGCGCUGCCUCUGCUCUGCUCAGAGUGUUGUAGAGUACGGCACCUGUCUGUGCUGCGUUAAGGGCCUGUUCUACCACUGCUCCUCUCAGGAUGACGAGGACAACUGUGCCGACCGGCCCUGUGCUUGCACGCCCGCCCACGCCUGUGCUCGCUGGGGUACCAUUGGCCUUCUGGCGCUGUGCCUGCCCUGUCUCUGCUGCUACCCACCUGCCAGACUGUGCCUCGCCAUGUGCCAGCGGGCCCACGACCGAGCCACCCGCCCUGGCUGCCGCUGCAGCAACACCAACACCGUGUGCCGCAAGAUCUCCACCUCCAACCCCAACCCCGGGCAUGCCCCCUUCCGCAGCAAGUCCCUGGAGAAGCCUGUAUGACAGUGGUGCACCUGGAGUCAGUCGUCGCCUGGACAACGCAGUCUUUGACAACAUUGCCAUGACAAUGCAAUCGCCCCGCCCAGCCCGUCGUGAUCUACCUACCGUGACCUUUCACCUUACGUACUUUCCAUACUUCUUCUUUUCCUCCUGCCUGAAGAGAAAUGACCAAAAGCCUUACUGUACUUUACUGUAACUGUAUUGUACGUGUGGAAACUCGAGCCGAAACCUGAAACCGCCUGGUGCUUUUUGCUGAACUGACUGCCAAACUUAACCUUACUGUGUUACUGUGUGGGCAUAUGUCUCUACCUUCCCCUUACUGUGUGGGCAUACUGUCUCUACCUUUCCCUUACUGUGUGGGCAUAUGUCUCUACCCUCCCCUUACUGUGUGGGCAUACUGUCUCUACCUUCCCCUUACUGUGUGGGCAUACUGUCUCUACCUUUCCCUUACUGUGUG